AUGGCUCCGGAUAUGAACCCCCAGGCUCGAAUCUCACAUCUGCCCCGAGCAGAUGGCUCGGCAACGUUUUCAAAGGGUGGCUAUUGCGUGGUUGCGUCCGUCAAUGGGCCGAUGGAGGUGCAAAGACGAGAUGAGAACCCAUUUGAGUCGGUUAUUGACGUUGUCGUACGACCUGCUGCAGGGGUCGGAAGUACUGGAGAACGCCAGCUCGAAAAUAUCUUACAGUCUGCUCUGCGCCAGCUUGUUCCUGUCAAGAACUUCCCUCGCUGUCUCAUUCAAGUCACGCUUCAGGUGACGGAAACGCCUCAGAAUGACUAUGUGAACAGCAAAGUCGUUCAAGCUCAGUCUAACUUGGCCCUUUUGCCGGCAUUGCUUCAUAGUGCCAUCUUGGGUUUAUUGUCGGCUGCCGUACCCUUGAAGACCAUCGCCACCUGCACCACACUGGCUGUCCUCGAAAGCGACGGCAAGAUCGUUGUUGACCCUUCUGCUUCACAGGUAGAUCAGGCAAAAUCACUCCACGUUCUGAGUUUUACGUCACAAGACGACUUGCUUUUAGCAGAGAGCGAGGGAUCUUUUUCUAUGAGCGACUGGGACAACGUCGUGAGCUCAGGUCAACGUGUGUGCGGCCAGCAUCGCCGGACAGAUUUGGACGCAACGAUGCAGGAAGACAAUAAAGACUUCACGGACAUGCGGCGCUUUAUUAGAACGGUGAUGGAGUCAAAAGUGGUUUGA